AUGAUAGGUUUUGGUAUUGUAGAGAUAAUAUUUUCCCAAAUUAAAGAAUUCGAUCAACUUUGGUGGCUCUCCAUUGUUGCUUCUGUUAUGUCUUUUACUUACUCAACUAUUGGACUUGGCCUUGGAGUUGCUCAAAUUACUGCAAAUGGAAAAAUUGGAGGGAGCUUGACUGGAAUUAGCAUAGGAACUGUCACUCAAACACAAAAAGUAUGGAGGAGCUUCCAAGCUCUUGGAGACAUUGCUUUUGCCUACUCAUACUCGAUUAUCCUCAUUGAAAUUCAGGACACUCUAAAAUCUCCACCUUCAGAGGCUAAGACAAUGAAGAAGGCAACUCUAGUGAGUGUGUCGGUGACAACGCUUUUUUAUAUGUUGUGUGGCGCUGCUGGCUACGCACCAUUCGGGGACAUGGCAUCGGGAAACCUACUCACUGGGUUCGGGUUCUAUAUAUAAAUACAAUAUUAAGAUUUCAUUUUGUGUAUGCAAAUGUAAAAGACAAAUAUUAAAGUUUCUAAAUAAUAUUAAUUUUAUUGA